AUGUCUCGGGCAGAGAAGAAGCAAUCGCCGCCGCCGUCUCCGAUUACGUCACUUCCGGAGGACGUCGUCGUUGACAUCUUAGCUCGCUUACCGAUAUCUGACUAUCCGAGAGUAUCUCUCGUUUCGAAGCGCUUCCGUUCGCUCGUUUCGUCGCCUGAGAUAUACGCGAGACGACGAUCUUCGCUGGGCUGCACCGAGCAUUGUCUCUACGUUUUCCUCUAUAACUGUGCCACCCGCGUGAACCGUUUGUAUACGCUCCGCCGGGGCAAUAGCAGCAGCCGCUUGGUCCUAAUCCCUGGGCUGCCUCCUUAUGGAAGCUUCGCAGCUGUGGGUUCGAGGAUAUAUGAACGAGGUGCUGAGUUCCAAGAGUUGAGGGCGUAUGAUCCAGAGCGCAAGUGUUGGCAAGUGGUGAAAGGUUUGGAUGAUUUGUUGGCUGAGAUAAGACGUGCUGCUUGUUGUUGGUUGCAGACUGUGAGUUAUGGUGGGAAACUGGUUUUGUUAUAUGGAAAAGGAGAAUUCUCGUGGUUAACCAAGGAGGUUUCGCUGGAAAUACGCAAAGGGGGUCAGAUUUGGGGUAAAGUUUAUCAGUGGUGUGAUGAUCAUGCUUUGAUCGCUGGUAAUUUUAUCAUUAGGAAAUCUCUAGAUGUUGUGCUUUGA